UCAUCUGCUGUUUGCUAGCCCGCCCUCACCGUGACACUAAACAACACACAUACUUCCUCUGACCAUUUUACAGCUAAGCUGGAAAAGAUGGAGUCCAAUUUCGAGGCAAAAGUUUCACCGCUUACAGACGUCCGAGUGACCAGUUGCUGAUAACUUUAAUGAUUUGAGAAGUUUCAAAUGCAUUUCCAAACACGAAGAAAUACGAACAAAAGCCAAGAAAUACGUCAGUUAUGUCGUUACGAUUGCUAGAGGCCUGGUUAGAAAAGGACAUUUCGAUGUUGACAUUUGGUAAUUUGUGUAACAUCUUUUCGAAACGAGACGUAAAUGCGUGUCACUGGUGUGUGAUAUGACUAGAAAUGGGAGGUGAUACGACGGUGAACGGAUUGGAACGGAUUUUCCUCGCCCUUAACACACGAUAAAGCAAACACUAUCCAUGCUUUUUAACAUCAAAAGUAGUGAAAUGUGCCACUGUGUAUGCAGCGUGUAACUUUGUUUUUAAGAAUAAGGAUCAUGAGCGGGAAUACAACACCCCCCCCAAAACAGACAAAAAAGAAGCAAAGGAAAAGGAAUGUUUUGUAAUCUCUAGCUCGAUGCGACCGUGACAGAAAAUUAUCCGGAAAUUGACUGGAUUGGUAGAAAUCCUUUUCUACAUUCUGAUGCGCGAGCUAUUUGCCACAACUAGAGUUACGAGAAAAGCAAUCCUUUAGAGAGAUCCUUCCGAAAUUAAACGAAAUGGAAAUAGAAAAGCUAAAGAACAAGCAACAGGCUGUAAAUGUUAGGAGGGCGUGCAUGAUGAUGUGCGAGAGAUUGAGUGUAUGAAUGCAAUGUUGUGUUUUGCAAGCACUACUUCCGUAUGAAAAAGCGUAUGAAUGUGGAGAACAGUGGAGGUAUUUUUAAAGCAAAAAUUAGACAAAUUGAUAAACAUGGAGCGCGCGCACAGAUUGCCAAGCAUAGCAGCAGAAAGGCGCGUGAAACAGCUGUUGGCGAAACACACAGUGGCAAUUGGUAGUAUUCUACCGGAACAAAAACUCAACAAAACAAUUCUCUACAGCGUGGAGUGGCACUCCCUGUCUUUCUGCUGGUAAGAUCGGCGUUGACCAAUCCUUUGCACCACGCAGCAUGCAAACUCCGCAGAACCAUCAUCAUCUUUAGAUGGUGGUGCACAUAUAUUUUAUUUCCUUCGAUCCACGCUGUAGUAUUGUAAUAAAAGCCCCAUUCCAUUUUCUCUCUUGUGGAAAGAACGAUGGGUUUGCUGCGGAGAAGCAAUGGUCCGAUGAUAUUAUAUUGGUCGGAAAGGUAAAUUUCUCUUCUUUAAAAUCAAACAUCAGGGUAACGAUUUACCAUCAUUGAGGGGACAGUUGGAGUGUUCUAUCACUCAGGCCAGUUUCAACGGCCCGACUACCUUUCAAGUUGCAACUGAGUGUUGAAAAAUGGAAUCUUCGGUUGGAGAAAUUUACCUUUUACCAAAUGAAUUUCCACAAAUGAUCUCAAAAGAGGGUUUUGCAUUUUCUCCCUGUACCUGAUGGAUCAGUGCAGGGGUAAUGCGUGGAGGGUGUAAAACGUGUGGUAUUAUCCGUCGAAUAAUUUUGAUAGUAGAAGUAAGAAGAAGAAAGAUAUCUCGGGUGUUUGGCAUACGAAAAAUCCAAUAACAAAAGCAUUGAAUGACAUGGAAUGAAAAAUGAAAAAAAAAAAAACAAAUAGGCAAAAUAACAAUUACUUCAACGUACCUGCAAUUUACACGACGACAAUUAAAAUGAAACAGUGAUGGCAAGAUAAAAAGGAACUAAGCUCUAAAACUCGAUUUGUUUCAAAAAACAAAAUAUGGCAUGUUUGCGAGAGAGGAGGUCAGCGUACUGGACCGAGAAUUAAUGCGUAGCUGUUUUAAUUUUGGCUUUGACAUAAUUUCCUGUUUCGAGUUGUUAGUUCCAUUGCGAGGUGGUAGGAGUUUAAAGAACAACUAACAAAAUCAAAACAAAGUUCUUUUUAUAAAUCAAGGAUAAAUUCUAGUUUCUGUACUGCAUUCAUAUAUUUCUUUAGUGGAUUGAACAAACAUUUCCUGAAGUGAACCUAAUUUUUGUAGCGUCACUAGUAAAUUAGAGCAAAAAUUAUUGUGUGAAAAUGUCUCGCUUUUUUUAACGGCGAUCAUUUUCUGAAAGUGCCACUCGGAUCCUACCAUUGGCUAAAGAACAACAAUGCCAUACAGCUAGAGCAGUGAUAACCGGCAAAGAGCCAGCAGAGAUACAACAGGAGCGCAUUUUAUUGCUAACGACAACCACGAACGCGUUAUAUACACAUAGUGAAACCGAAGAUUCCUCACAAAUCAGAGCUAAAUUUAUUCCACCAACCGGGCGUCAAUUCAAGCCUCCUUCCGUUUGUUUUCCAAGCAGUUUUCUAAGAUUGUUUGUCCAUGCAUGGCAAACAUGUAUUUCAGCGAGCAUUCUUUCAAUCACUGGAUUCAUUUCCCCCAGUUUGUACUCAUUAUUAGUAGCGCAAACUGUUA